AUGUUAAACAAAAACGAGGAGGUGCAAGAACAAACUAAAAGGUUACGGUUCAAGUCUAUAACCAAUACACAAAAUUCGUCCGGCGAUCUAAGUUUUGAUAGAGGUGCGAAGGAAACAAAAUGUAAAGAUCCGGAGAAGGCAGCCUCUUUGUUUGCGUUUUUACAUGUAGAACUAACACGAGGAUAUUUACUAGAGCACGAUGAAGAACGGUUUUCAGCAAGGAGAGAAAAGGUUUAUUCCUUUAUUAAAAUUCCUCAAGAAUUGGAAAAAUUUAUGGCUUAUGGGUUCUUUCAAUGUGCUGACUCUCUACUGUUUGUUUACACAUUCCUCCCAUUGAGGUUUAUAAUGGCUAUUUGGACCUUGUUUAGCAGACUUAUCAGGAAAUGUUUUGGGUUUUAUUCAAAUUCUCGCAAAAGUAUAUUAAAACCAGCAGAAACAUGUGACAUGCUUAAAGGUUUCAUAUUAGUAAUUUGUAGUAUUCUAAUGUGCUACAUAGACACUAAUAUGAUGUAUCAUUUAGUGAAGAGCCAGAGUGUGAUGAAAUUGUAUAUAUUUUACAAUAUGCUGGAGGUUGGUGAUAGACUGUUCUCAGCUUUUGGACAAGACACUAUUGAUGCUUUAUUUUGGACUGCCACAGAGCCAAGAGAUCGACGGAGGGAACAUUUGGGUGUAAUACCUCAUCUGCUGUUUGCUAUGAUCUAUGUCUUUCUUCACAGUUUGCUAGUAUUGUUCCAAGCAACAACUCUGAAUGUAGCCUUCAACUCAAAUAAUAAAAGUCUCCUUAUCAUAAUGAUGUCUAACAACUUUGUUGAACUGAAAGGCAGUGUCUUCAAGAAGUUUGACAAGAACAACUUGUUCCAAGUUUCUUGUAGUGAUGUUAGAGAGCGACUUCAUUUGUCGGUGCUGCUAUUCAUAGUUGUGCUUCAAACUAUGAAGGAAUACAUGUGGAAGGAGGAACGGUUCUGGAUACUAGCGCCCGAUUGUGUCCUAGUCCUUACUUUCGAGGUCAUAAUUGAUUGGGUCAAACAUGCUUUCAUUACCAGGUUCAAUGAGAUUCCCUAUGGAGUAUAUAGAGAAUACACAGUGAGUUUGGCUUACGAUGUAGCACAGACUCGGCAGAAGUACGCGUUCAGUGACCACUCGGAUUUAGUGGCACGGAGAAUGGGCUUCAUACCUUUGCCUCUCGGAGUCGUUAUUACCAGGGUCCUAGUUCACGCUGUUAAAGUUGAUGGAUUUGCAGCAAUCUUCUUAAUAACUAUAGCUUAUUUGUGCCUAAUAUCAGUAAGAGUACUCGUUUCUAUCGUUAUACUUGGAAAGGCUUGCGAUUUGAUAACACAGCAUCAGACGGAAAAGAAUGAGAGUUAUCACAAUACGCCCAAAAGGGAGCCAAAAGACUUGACCCCAAAAGAUAAUUCGUUCGUCCACAAACCUGAAGCUGAGAUGCCUCCACCGAAAAAGCCAACACAGUUGAAGUUUACAGUUCCAGAGAAUGUUGUUUUGAGUGAGUCGUUAGUAGACGCGUCGGUAGGUGCCGCGGCCAUCUUCUCAAACAGCGCCAUCGACCUAAACGGAGUGUGUUACCUAAAUGACAAAAUGAACACACAAGUCAAACAGGAGGCUGGCGAUUUCCUUGAAACAGAAUUGGUGGAUGUCAGUAGAAGUGCCCCAGACAUCAAGGCGGCCGCAGCGGUGAGUGCGCAGGCCGAAGUAUUGGAGCGGCCACUGUCGCCCGACGCAGACGGACUCAAGCGACGCUCCGAGUCCGAGCCCAACCUCGUGAAGGCUGAGGAACACUACGAGGAGACCACAUAG